UAUAGUACCAACUUAACGCAACGAGUUAACGAACUCAUUCUGUUAUUGUUCCGUGAUCGAUGAUCAUUCGUUGAAGUUCGUUGAAUGUUGAACUGUGCUUGUGAUAAUAUUUGUUCUUCUAGAGGCCUAUUCUGUAACUUUUAACAAAUGCGUUAUAACUGUAACGCAUGCGUUAGUCGUCGUAUCGUCGACGAAUUCAUGGUUAACAAAUGAAUUAUAGUUAUAACGCAUGCGUUAAAAGUUACAGAAUAAGUCUGCUGGAUCGAUUGCUAUUCUAAUAAAGAAGUCAUCACCAACAAAAAUGAGUGAAAGUCCACCGGAAAGUAGGAAUCGUCGUAGAAAUACGAACAAGCAAAUAAUUAAUGAAUUAGUUAGGCAAUGUAGGAAUCAAAGAAAAUUGGACGAUUUAAGAAAUCGAAUUACUACUGUCUACAAGACAGAGGCUUUAUCCGAUAAAGAGGUUUCAUCCGAUGAAGAGGUUUCAUCCAAUGAAGAGGUUUCAUCCGAUGAAGAGAAUAAUGAAAUGCUGCCCAUUCCAGGGAUUGAAGAUAUUUCUUUAUUAGAAACAAAUUCUGAAGUAUCAACAGAAUCUGAUGCAUCUAUCGAUCAACUUGAAAAUGAAAAUAUGGAUGAUAACAAUAAUUAUAAUAAUGACAAUGACAGUGAAUUACAUUUUGAAGAUGAGAAUAAUGACAGCGAAGGAAGUGUUGAAAUUAAUGAUGCUAACAGAUAUAGUAACGAUGAAGAAAAUGAUGAUUUAAUGAUUGAAUUUGAAAAUGACGAACAGAGAGGACGCUAUGUUUUAAAAACAUUGAGGGAGUGGGCCCUUGAAGGAGUUUAUGGUUGUGAAAUUCUUAUCUACUGAUGAUGAAGAAACUGAUGAUGAAUGUUACGAGGUGGCUCUUUCAAAAUGGCUUGAAGAUUUAGAUGAAAAUAGGAUUGGAAAUAUAUUCUGGCCAGAAGAUAAAUCUAUAGCAGGGACAUUAGUUCGAACUCAAGCAAAUGCGGAAUCAAAUUGGCCCACUUAUACAGUGGAAGUUAAAAGAUACUAUGAUACAUAUUUUCAAGCGCGAAAAGGAUUAACAGGAAUAAUAGAGUAUGCUUCAGCCUAUGAGACUGAUACUGGAAAAGAAAUGGGAAGAGGAAAGAGGAAGAAAAAAGUAAAACCAUUCACGUCUUCAGAGGAAUCUGAUAAUGAUCAGUGUGUAAAAGAUCAAUUGAAGGAAAAAAAGUGUAGCAUUCCUUCACCACCAACAAUCCAUGUUCCUGGAACUUCUAUCUCAACUGAUAAGAAUUCUGGUCAUAUUAAAUACAAAAGACAUAUUAUUGAAGAUUCCUCAAGCAUAAAAAAACUGAAAGUUGCAAAAGAUUCAAGUGAAUCUACAGGAUCAGAAAAUACUCGUGAACGAUUGCUUGAAAAGAUUAUCAAUGAAAGAAAAAAGGCUAUGAAAAAAAAUGAGAAAAAUAAUACUACAUUAUUUGCUGCACAUUCACAAGUUUUACAACCAUCAUCAGGAAAGCAAUCUACAUCUAACACCUUUCUUUGUCAACGUAACAUGAAGACUUCCUCUACAUCAAAAAUUGUGAAAUCUCCAGAGAAGACUGCAGUUAAUAAGCUCAGAGAAUUGUUUGAUAACACUAAGACAAAAACCAAAGAAAAGGUUAAAAAAUCUAAACCCUCUACAGCUUCUGAAGUUUCCUUAAAAAUUACACCAGGUCCUUCUAACAACUAUUCUGAAAGAUCUAAUAUGAGUCCUUCGACAGAGUCCGAUAUUUCAAGGAAAUCAGAUGAUCCGCUUAGAAACCCACAGAAAUCUCCUUCUUUGUUGAAUUUGGAAUUAAAAAGAGAACAUAAUCCGAUAAAUUCUUUGUCUCAAUCACCAUCAGUAAAUGAUGAUACUUCACAAGAUACUACACUACUCGCACAAGAAGAAAAGAGCAGCCCACUUUCUUCCAAAGAAAAAUUAGAGCGACCUGUUCGUAAUUUGACAAAUGUUCUUAGUGCAGAUUUUGAUCAACAUUUUAUAACAUUGAAAAAGAACUUAGACGACAUGAGCAGCAAGCUUGACGUCAUUAUUAUGAACCAAGCGAACUUAAAUAAAUGUUUGAUUCCGGAACAGGCUAUCAUUACUAGACCUUCAAAUCUACCUCCUUUACCUUUAAAUGAUAUGAAAAAUCUCGAAGAGUUUGACAAAUUUUUAUCUAAAGAUGUAAAUCUGUCGGCAGCGUGUUACUAUUUGAAGAGUUUGCCGUUAGGUGAUAAUGAAAAAAUUGUAGCAUCAAGACUUAUGACCAAAUUGAUGACUAAUUCCUUAGCGAAACAAUUCAACUUUGAUGGUCAUAAUCCUCAAAAGGCUAAAGUUAAUAAAAGGCCAUUUAAGAAACUGAAACUAUGGGAAUUAUUUCAAGGAGUUAUGCUAUUAAAAUUUCCUACCAGUGAUUUGGAAGAUGCCUUAAAUGCAGUCAGAAAUUGGCUACGAAACGCUGCUGGGCGUAAGCAAUGAAAUGUGCAAUUUCAUUUUUUUUAUUUUUAACAGAAUCUAAUGUAUAAGAAAAGCAGAGGUAAAAAGUGCUCGCAUACGAGAAUAUUGCGUUGUAAUAUCUUAUUAUUCUUAGACGACUCUUUACAAGGUCUUUUUCUCGAUACAAAUUAGCACGGGGGAGGUUUCCCAUUAAAAGGGAAGAGGUCAUUUAAUAUUCGUCAUAAAAUGCAAUUAAUUAUUUUUUUUUCUUGAAUGUGAAAUAUGAUCUCUAUUCAUGUGCAAUUUGCGAAGUCUUAUGUCAUUUUUAUUUUGUUAUUGUAUUUUUGAUAUUGCUGCUUUAUUUUGAAUAUUAUUUGUCUUAUUUUUUAUUUAUGUAACUGAUAAGACAUUGUCAGGUUUAAAUUUGAUUUGAAUUAUUACAUAUAAAAGUUUUUAGUUGAAGUAUGUAUAUGUAGAAUAUA